UGUUGGGUGGCUAGCAGACUUGUGACAUUCACUUCUCCAUGUCAACUGUAUAAAUAUCUCAAGAUGAAUACUAUACUAUCGUCUAUUUCCCGACUGCGUGGGCUAACUCACAUUAGCAGCAUUCCUGCAGGGAACCUUGCAUUAACUGCCAGCACUCACCUUAGAUUAUUCAGCAACUGGAUUGUACCCAGAGCAGCUGCAGGACCUCAGAUUUCCAGAUGUGGGCCAAUCUCUUCACAGGCUGAGGGUUCAGGAGUGUUCCAGCAACUUCCGUGGCAAUACCAGCAAGUACGAACGCGGAAAAGAGGUACUGAGUAUCAGCCCAAGAAUAUCAAACGCAAGAGGACCCACGGUUGGAUCAAGAGACUGAGCUCAAGAGGCGGCAUUGAGGUGAUUCUACGGCGUAUGUUGAAGGGACGGAAGUCACUCUCACAUUGAUGGUCCUGGUUGGAAAGCAGGACUUUGUGGUUGACCUGUAAGACUUUCAAGAAACAGACAUUGGAAUGCACGUGGUGCUUGCCAAGCCACCAAGAACUUAUGUAUUGGGUUAAUCAGUGAUACUGGGUGUGGGUCAGGUUUGGCAUUCCCACCUAAUUGAUCAUGAAUGGAAACUGACCUCUUACAAGGUGCUACUGCCUUGAAUGAAAAUAGGCCUGGUGGUUUCACCCAGUUAUUUUUGCUUGAAUGAAGUUCACCAAAUGAUACUCAAUAUAUCCACAAGGCUCAUUAAAUGUUAACCUAUUAAUACAUUUGUGCUUGUGUAAAAUAAUUUGGCUAAAAGACAAUGUGUCUUUAAUAAAAUCAUUGUUUUAUUAUUGUGGUGUAAUCAAAGCACUGAGUUCUGUGUGACCUGGAAAUAAAAAGCACCCUAUC